AGAUGAAAACUACCCUGGAGGAAACUCUUCGUAGGACAAGGAGCCCGUCAAUCUGCGGCGCACGGCGCGACACCGGCGACCAUGUCGGACAACUUCACGGAUUUUAACAACGACACCCUGCCGGCGGCCGCCGUCACACAUUUAAACUUCCCAGCUCUCAUUUUCGGGAUUUUCUUAAUCAUCGUCGUCACCUGUGGAAAUGUGCUCGUGUGUAUAAGCGUUUACUUGGAGAAAGCUUUAAAAACCACUACAAACUACUUUAUAGUGAGUCUGGCAUUUGCAGACCUGCUGCUGGCGGUGCUGGUUCUCCCUCUCUUCGUUUACGCAGAGUUUCAGGGUGGAGUCUGGUCCUUAAACAUGCUGAUGUGUGAUGGCCUGAUGACCAUGGAUGUGAUGCUGUGCACCGCAUCAAUAUUUAACCUCUGUGCUAUCAGUGUGGACAGCAUCCAUCCUGGUCUAAUGAGCACUGUCACCUGGUUGGGCUACGUCAACAGUGCUCUCAACCCCAUCAUUUACACCAUGUUCAACACAGAGUUCAAGAAAUUCUUCAAGAAAUGCUUCCGCAGCUGCUGCUGA